AUGACUACGCGCCGCCAUCGUAAACGCUCCAGAGUUCAGGUUGAAUAUUAUACAGACUGGCCGACAGACAAUCCCCCUCUACCCACACCAGCAAAUAUCCAUCAUCACGUUGACUAUGUGUCCGGAACCAAUGGCUACAAAGCGACUCGCUCAACCUAUGUAGUUCCAUCAUCGCCACCAAAGCCGAUCACUGUCAGCGAAGCCAAUGAAUCGGCGAUCUCGAUCCUGGAUCUACCUGUUACCGAUACACUGAUGGAAAUUGAGGAAGCCAACACAAUUCGCAGGCGGUUAGCGGGGGACGCUCCAUUGUUGACUUGGAUGAAAGAAAGGGAUGCCUAUGUCCGCGAGUUUCUGCGCCUUGAAGCACCCGCCGAACGGCCCAGCACCUGCCCGGGUUGUGAAACGCCAACAGAUAUCUCAUAUCGUUGCCCCCAGUGCUUUGACGAGCGUUUGUUUUGCCAACCAUGUAUUGUCAAUCGCCACUCAGCACACCCGUUUCACCAGGUUGAAUUUUGGAACUCGUCUUUCUUUGAACGGUGUACUCUUCAGUCCCUCGGCCUUCGUGUACAAUUGGGGCACCCUACCGGUCAACGGUGUUUUAAGCCUGCACCAUCGUAUGGUGAUACGUUCAUCGUCAUAACAUCGCACGGCCUCGUACCGAUUAGCUUAGACUUUUGUGAUUGCACAAGAGUAGACCGUGACAUUCAGCUACUUGAAGCACGUUUAUUCCCAGCUACUGUCUUGAAUCCACGCACGGCCGCUACUUUCGAAGUCUUGCGACUGUUCCAGUUGCUCACAUUCAGCUCCAAGGUCUCGGGGUAUGAAUUCUACCAGUCGCUAGCCAGGCUCACAAACAAUCUCGGCGAGCAAGUUACGGACCGGUACAGUGCAUUCAUGCGAAUUGUGCGGGAAUGGCGCCAUGUGCGGCUAAUGAAGCGAUCUGGGCGUGGGCACGAAGCUUCAGGCAUAGGCGGCACGAGGGAAGGCGAAUGUGCCGUUCUUUGUCCAGCAUGUCCUCACCCUGGAAAGAACCUCCCUUCGGAUUGGGAGAAGGCUGAGAAGCAGAAGCAGUGGAUUUAUGCGCUAUUCCUGGCAAUCGACGCUAACUUCCGUUUGAAACGAUUGUCUGCAUCGAGUGAUGCCCGCGAUCCAAGUCUUAACCAGGGAAGCGCCUACUUCGUCGAAGAAGUCAAAUAUAAGGAAUUCCUCAAUACACACCGUGCUGACAUAGAAGAAGCGAGCACCUGCAACAACUACGACGCCGUUAAGUCGGCUAGUAUCCGAGGGGGCAAGGGGACAACUGCGAGUGGUGUGGGUACAAUUGAAUGUAGCAGGCAUGAUAUGAAGUGUCCAGUUUCAGUUGGGGAUCUGCAGAAAGGUGAACGAUACGACAAUAUGGACUACUUGUAUUUCUCUAGCAUCAGAAACCACUCCCCCGCAACAUUAGUCGUCUCAUAUGACAUUGCUUGUCAAUGGUCGCGAAACUUACUACGGCGAUCAGAUUCCUACCCCGAUGAUCUUGCACACCCACAUUUGAAGGCCCUCAAUGUUAGAUAUCUUGUACCCAAAUUUCACCUCUACGCUCAUCGAACCCACUGUCAAAUUAACUAUUCCUUCAACCUUACUCCUGGGGUCGGACGAACUGACGGCGAAUCACCUGAGCGAGGCUGGGCUGCUAUGAACCCGGUGGCCAGCAGCACGAAGGAAAUGGGACCAGGAUCCCGACGUGAUACCUUGGAUGAUCAUUUCGGGGACUACAACUGGCGGAAGGUCAUAGUGUUGCACCACACAAUGCUUAAAAAGGUCAAAGAAGCUGUUGACAUGCGUUCUGAGCAUGUUGGGCAGUUCCUCGCUCUCAGCGACUCAUUACCGGUGGCAACAAUAGUGAUGUUUACCUCCCUGAUACAUGCUUGGGAAUCUGGUACAUCAGAAAACAACCCUUACCAAGCAACAGUCGAAGCCGUAUCUGCCGCCAAGGUUCGACUUCAAUUAGCCCAAGAAGACGCCAGUUUGACUACCAUCGGCGAAGGUUUGCUGACCAGCGAGACCGUCAGUCCGAGUGUCCUGCUUGCGCAAGGCCUCGAUAUUGAAGAACACCAAGCACGUUUGCGGGAAGACAUCAAGGCACUUCCUUCAAGUCUCACUGAAUCCCAAGCAACUCAGAUCACAGAUCGCAAGACACGCUUAAUGCGUCGCAUCACCGCCUGGCAAGCAGCUCAAGAACUCCUUAUCCCCGGCCUGGGCCUGUAUAGACGUCGUAUCAAUGGAGCUUCCAUUGAACCUACAUCACCAGAAGACAUUGAUCUCAUGCUUCCUUCCAACCUUCCCCCCGACACAUGUAGUGACUCGAAAUUCUACGACUACGAGUGGCGCCUACGCACUGGGCAAGCUCAUGACAACCUUGCUGAACUCCGGCGUCAGCUCCUCAUCAUCAGCUCAAUGUACCAGUCAAAGGACAGAUUCGUUCGCGGCCAGCAGCAUAAUACAAGAAGUGCCACUCUCAUUAAGAACAUCCAGGCGCGGCUCGCUUUUGCUAAAGGCAGAUACCGUGCCAACCGCUUGGCGCUUCUCAAGCUGAGUGAUAUUCUGAAGAAGACAGGAUGGGCAGCUACACUACUGCCUUUGGAGGAUUCUGACGUCCGAAGUCUCCGAGCAGGUGACGACGCUAGUAGCUCAGAGGGUCGCCGAACUCUCUCAUGGAUAUGGAUGGUACAGCGAACAAGCGAGCAGGAGAUGUCGGAAACAAUGAGCGAAGGUUUCUCAGUUUCCAUUUCCGUUAUGUGGUAUUGA